UUCUCGUCGAGAAACCUGAUCGUUCCGCUGAGUAAAUCGAUAGGCACUACCAGUCGAUCGUAACGAAGAAAGGAUAGAAAUAAGAGCAAGCUGUCAGAGAUGAGGAAUGCUGUACUACUGUGCUACGCGUGCUCACUGCUGAUCGGCGUCCAGGCUAUCGGAAGAUACAGAGGCCUAGAAUUUUUAGAGCCCUGUUCCAGAAGCGAUCCAAGACUUGAAGGAUGCCUCGCCAGAACGGCCAAUACCCUCGUCGAGCGUUUCCGUCAAGGUCUACCACAACUGGGUUAUCCAGAAGUAGAACCAAUUAUCCUGGACGAGUUGCAUAUCGCGCUCGGAGGCGGCCCGGACGGUUACAGGGCGCAAUUUAAAAACAUUACCGCCAGAGGAGUCUCUGCUCUGCGAAUAACCGGCCUAAGAACGAGAAUGACCGACGACGAGGUGCAAUUGCAACUGGCCUUUAGCAUACCCAGAAUUAGAGCGGCCGCGAGGUAUCGGUCUAGCGGCACUUUGAUCUUGGUGCAAGCCAGCGGCGCCGGCGAUUAUUGGGGCGAAUACGAGGGUGUCAGGGCCAAGGUCUUUAUCAGAGCAAGACCAUUUUUGUAUGAGGGGCGUCGUUACCUCAGAUUGAUGCAACUGAAAAUGGACUUCAGCGUACAGAAUAUCAAAAUGGGAGUCGAAAACGUGCGCGACACUAACAGCAUACUGCUGGCGGCGCUCAAUCUUUUCAUCAAUACCAACAGUCAAGAGUUACUAAAGGAAAUGAAACCAGAUCUAAGGAGGAAGUUGGUACAAGUGAUGACGACUUUUGUGGAGAAACUUUUUGCUCAGGUGCCAUACGACGCCUGGAUCGCGGAUUAAACAAUCGUUUGAUUGUAGAGAAUUGAGAGAACAAAACUCAAGUAUUAACGCGUUAUUGGUGCACCUUUGUACCGUGAGCGCGAGGCUUGACGCGAAAGACAAAGAGCUCUUAUUUUACGAAUGUCAUCUUCGAGAUACAAUGAAGGUACAGAAUUUACAAUGGAAAUCACGGAUGACAUAAAUAACGAUGACUUAUAACUGGUAUUUCCAAGCGUCGAGAAAAAGUUUGCACGUAAUGAUCAAUGAUUUUUCUAAUCUUGCACAUGAAUUGCCCAAAGAGCAAUCUGCAUUUGCAGAGAUUAAACAAUUACACUGCAUAUACAGGGUAUUUUGUAAAAGAACUCGUCAAAAUCCAAGCGAAUUUUCGUUGAAAAUAUUGAAUUUUGUUAUUUCCUAUGUAAAAGUGUUAUUCGAAGCAUAAUUGUGAAGAUGUUCGUGGAAAAAAUUGAAGGAUUUUGGAUUUUAGGAACUCUAGGACUGCAAAUCAAUAACAAAUACAGUUAUGUACACAGACUUAUAUAAUUUAGGAUGGAUUGCAAAUAAUUUGCAGAAACUCUUCUUGUUUUUACUAUUCAGGAUAAUACAUUAUUUAUUUCAUCUUCAUUUCGUUAGUGAAGAAGCUAACGAUUAAUCAUUUGAAGCAUUUCAAAUACAACAUAUAAACAGCAUAUAACAUGUUUACAUUAAAUUGAAAUGUAUUAUUAUUCAGACAUACAUUUAUAUAUUUAUUAAGAAUUAGAUAGUACAUAACUUGCUAAAAAAAUAUAUAUAUGAUUAAUAAAAAUGUGAGUUUUAUAUGUACAUAAUGGAUAGUAUUCAUUCUCUUCUUUCAGUAUUAAAUAAGAGUUGGUAUAUUUAUUAAAAGAAUUGUCUGUUUAGCCAAUUGUUUUUCGAUCUCCCUUUUAAAAUAAAUUAAUAGAGUUUAAUUUUGCUAAGUUUUACUCCUUCGUUACAAAGUUCUAUUUUAUAACAUUAUAGAUAGAUUUUAAUUAUUUAGAAACUGUUUCAAUGCACAUAUAUGUAGAUUAUGCGUUCUCAGAACAAUCAUUUACAACAUAAUUUACGAUAUUUUCUCAGAGUUCUUUCCAAAAAAUCCGCUGUAAUUCGCGGGAUAAAUAUUGGAUAAAUAAAAACGCGCAAUCUGGCAAUA